GUGCGGUGAUCUCCGCUCUUCUCGCCCUUUCCUCCAGCCUCACCCUCUGCCCUCCCUCCCUCCCUCCUCCUCCUCCUCCCUCGCUCUGGCCCUGUUGCGACACCGUCAACUCCCCUCGCUGCUUUGUUAAUGUUCGUUUGGCUUUCUGUUCUCAAGCGCAAUUGGUUCACACCCAGGCCACCAGCCACAUACCAGCAAGAGAGAGAGACGGACAGAAGAGAGACAGGCCCCCACCCCCUCCCCUGAGAGAGAGAGAGAAAGACACAGAGAGAGAGAGAGAGAAGAGAAGAGAAGAGAAGGAAAGGAAGCUCUACCAUUCUAUUCUACACGCUCGCACAACGCCCAGACAGACAUACAGGCAGACAGCAAGCCAGACAGACAGACAGACACGCCCACUGAGUCGAGUACAGAGUCGAGAGAAGAGAGAGAGACAUAGAGAGUGAAGAGAAUUCUGAAAAGAAGAGCGAUAGAGAAGCUACGACCGGCCUGCGAGUUCGAGAUUGAGAGAGAGAUUUUCGUUUUUGAGAGUGGAAUCAUUGAUUGCCUAGAGAGAGCACCCCCGAGAGAGAAGUGAAGCGCUGAACGGCGCCCAGGACUAUACUCCUUCCUUCCUUCCUUCCUUCCUUCCGUCAUUCGUCGACUCCCCUCCGCUUUUCCCUGUCCUGCCUCGUUCGUCUUCUCCAUCUUCGCGUAUUACUACUAAUACUACCCCUACUGGGAGAGAGAGAGAGAGAGAAAGUGCGGAAUUCGUGUGGUGCGGUAGAGGCAUACACGUAUAUUUAUUUUUAGCGCGUGUGGUGGCAAGAGUCUGCGCAAGAUAUCGCCAGAGAUUGCCUUCGCCUUGUUCGGCCGCGGAAGAAGAUAGACUCAGGGAAAGAGGAGAGCGAACGCGCGCGCCAGCCAGCCAGAGAGAGACAGAGUCUCUGAGAGAGAGAGAGAGAGAGUGAGAAGGGCCCAGACCCUUGUUGCCGCUUGAGAGCCUUGCAUUUUCUUUCAGUUGCCCGCCUGCCAGCCACCGUGUCCGGAAAGCCUGCGCGCGGACUUCGGCGACUAGUUUCGAGAGUAGAGAGAUCUGCCCAUUGCAGACGGGAGGAGUGAGCGAGAGAAGAAACAUUGCGAUUCAUCGUCGAAUCCAAAUUAGAUAUCGUAGCCUUAGCUGUUGGGAGCUUGCGUCGUGCGAGGAUCUGAUUUUGAUCGGAGAGGCGUAGUUGCUGGUCGACGUGCCCCAAUUGAGAAGACGAAGGUCCCUCCCGCACUGAAUUUCCGAACCCUGCAAGCAGUCGAAGAAGAAGAAGUCGAAUGUCGCGGCGUCUGCAAGCGCGCGAGCCCUGAAUGCCCGCCCUCUGCCGCCGAGUGUCCACCCUCGAAGAAUCCGCAUCACCAUUGAGAGAAAUUAGUAAUCUCUGCUGAGCAGUCGGUGCGGUCCUGCCCUUUGUUGCACCGUCCUUCCCCACUUCUCCGAGCGAGAGCAGCACCCCUGGAUCCUCCACCGAUUCCAUCGUCCGUCCCCAAUUACCGUUUCUCAUUCCCGCAGCGCUCUUCUCCCAAGUGUUGGCCAUGAGCCUGAAUCACCUCUUCUCAAGCCUCGAUGUCGGCUACAGAGUUGCUGUAGUGCUGCUCCUGUUGAUGUGCCGGUUCCUCACCGUGCCUACUAGCAGAGCCCUACCCGUUGGCUUUGGUCCCAUCCCCGCCCCAGAAUCCUCGUCCGCCUCGAAACCUGCAAUGCUGGAUUUUACAACGUCUUAAUUGCAUCCCGAGCACCGGUCUAUCAGCGGCGGAGAGUCCUCCUUGCGAAUUCUGCAGCAUCCCGUUGAGAAGCGCGCCCGCCCGAGCCAUGAAGAGCGCCUAUCCGAGUUCGCAUUCCUUUUUCGACGCAUCGUCCGAUUCGAUCAGAGCGAGUGAUGCGGAGAAAUGCCGCACCAGUUCAUCGUUCAGUUCGCUCUCGGACUUGUUCGCCCGAAAUCAUAACGGCACAUCCGACUUGUUCUCCAACGUCAGGACGCCGGUCUUCGUGCCCUCAGAGGUGACUUUCCCCCCCAGGAAGAUUCGAGAGUGCGAGGAUCGUGCCACCACCGAGAAGGUGUCGCUUUGGCACGAGUGGGGUUCCGGUGAAUGCCCCGGAGAGGAGAGCUCUGGCCUGCUGGCGGACAAGUCCAUGACUGCGGGCUCCGAAUUGUACAGUUCUCUGAGCUCCAACUUGUUCCCGAAUCUGGGUUCUGCCAAUGCGAUGGUGGUGCCCGAGGAAUUCACCUUCCCCGAAAGAAGAAAGCGCGAGGAUGAGUCGUGGCGCGAGCGGCGCGGAUUCCGGCCCGACUGGAUUCCCAGCUUGCCCACGGUGGAAAACAAUGUGCGCGAGAGCACUGCCAUGAUCAGCAGCGUCGCCGAUUUCUUCGCGAAGAAUAAUGCCAAGGCCUCGAAUUUGCUCUCGAGCUCCAAACCCAGUCUGUUCUCGAAUCUAGGUACUCCCAUGGGCAGCCAGCCCGAGUUUCCCGCACGAAGGAAGCGAGACGAGAAUCCGUUCUGGAAGGACUACUCGAGUGGUGCGGAUUCUACCCCAUCCGAGUGCACGACAUCGGGCUCCAGCACAAGUGGUGUGAAUUCGCUGUCUGGAUUGUACUCGACGAGCCCGUCGACCGGCAAUUGCUCCAGCUUGUUCUCUAACCUCGGAACCGCCCUGGUCAAUUCCGAGGAGGUCGUUUUCCCUUCCAGAAAGAAGAAUCCCGACAGGAAUGCAUGGAGAGAUUGGUGCAACACCGGAUACAGCGACUGGGCUCAAGACGACUCGGACGACGAGAUGGCGCAGUCCAAAGGCGCCGCUCACAAGGAGGCAUCGGCCGAGACCGCCCGAUCCCUGGCCCGACCAUCGCUCUCGGCCGUGUCGAGGAGGAGCAAUUCGGCCAGCGAGGCAGGGAUGGCUGCCAAGGAAUUCUCGACCCCGAAUUUGGCUCGAUCAGGCCCCGACGCACUGCACCCCAUCGGGGCCGAAGCACCAAGAAGCUCGGCCCGAUUCAGCCUGGCCGAAUCACGGCUGUCAGGCAAGACGGACGUCGAAUGUCAAGCGGUGGAGGCAGCUGCCCUCAUCGGCGAGGGCGAUGCCCGGAAUGCGAGCUCGGACAGGCUCGGGCACUCCGAGAGCGCCGAGAAGGUGCGCAGGGAGAAAUGUGUGACGGAGGAGCUGGAGGACGAUGAGGACGACGUUCAUUUGGAGGAGAGGUACAGGACGUGCAGGAGAGACCUGCACGAGCAGAGAAUUUCCCGACAGAAGGUUCACAGCUUCCCUCCUCCCUUGGGCUUUCUUGGCAGGCAGGGCUCAUUGCGAGUCCCCCACCAUCUGCCAUGGGUCCAGCUGCAACCAGUGCGCACCGAAGGCCGGUUCAUGUUGCAGGAAGUGAAAGUCACGCAGCCCGUGGUGUUCGAGCCCAUUCGCGAGCAGGGCCGCCUGGUGCUGCAGUUGAUCCGCCAGGAUGACAAGAGCGACUCGACCGAGCGCGAAGCCCAGGGCGGCGAGAUCGUCAGGGACGAUUCGAGCACCGGGGUCCUGGACGAGACUGCCGCGGCCGACGAAGCCCUCAAGGGCGAGGAGACGCGCGAGAAGGAUGCGGAUCCCGAAGCUGCUGCAGGCAGGGAGCUGCCGGUCAAGAACUGCUCGUCGAGGAAGGUGAACAAGUGCCCGAAAAUCUACCCCGAGGGCUGCCUUCCCACCGCGCCCACGGACGCACGGGCUGCAGCUCCCAAGCUGGCCAUGGAUGCCUCGGCGGAGCAGAAAUCUGUUGACUCGCAAGAGUCGUCGCAAGCGUGGCGGACGAAGCGUGCGCUGAAUGACCUCAAGUGCGGACGGUUGGAAUUUCCCCGAGCGUCGCCGAUGGAUCCCGGGCGCUCGGACAGAUUUCUGAUGCAGAGCCUGGCGGCCUCGGCCUGCGAGAAGGGCGCCGAGGCUGGUUCGCACGAGGAGAAACCGUCGCUUUUUCGCAGGGAGGUGGAGGCGCCCAGCCCGCGAGCGCCCCUGUGGAACGCGCCCUCGAAAUUGAGGGAAUUCGACCACCCGGCGCCCUACAAGAGCGCGUUUCGCAGCUGCAACCCUCGCGCUGCUGCGACCUCCGAAUGUGGGUCGCCUUUUGCUCCGCCAUUGCAUCGGAGUCGGAGCAUCCGGAAUACGAAUUUGAGCGACUACGGUCGAGUGGACGGCGAGAAGGACGAAGCGAGCAAGGAUCGCUGGCGCGCGAGAGAUGACGAGGGUUGUGAUGCGCGCCCGCCCUUGGGCUCAUCGGGCCAGGGAUACGACGGGGCUCUGGGUUUACAAACGACGUCCCAUUUUUUACAGUGGUCUCAAAAGAAGAGACACGAAGCCCCCGGUGACCCUGAAGCGAGACUGGCAAAUUACGCGCAAGUUGCAGCAUCGUUCUCGUGCGCUGAUAAUGUGGGGAAACGGCAUCACGAGAAGAGCUUUUGGGAGCAGCCCUGUGUCUCGUGACCUUGACAGUCGUGCGUCUCCUCCCUCCCCUGCCCGCCCACCCUCCGUCGCUCUCUUAACCUCACUCCCUUUACUUCCAAUCCCAUUUUGCUACCACCGGGAUUCAUUUUCCAUGUCCUCUGCCGCGCCGCAGCGGUGGUGUUUCGUCACAUACCUGCAGCUCCUCAGACGAUCGAGCAUUGGAGCGUCGCCCGGCGCGGGGAUUUUGGUGACGCAGGCAACCGAGGACUGGAAUGUUGCAGCACGAUCUUCGCAAGCAACUCAUUUUGCCCAGAUUAGCUUAGCACCCUUUCGGUCAUUCUUCAGUUCAGGUCAGAUUAGUAGUAGAAGUAGUUCAGUUGCUCUAAACUCCAUUCUUACAGGAGACGGAGGUUAAUCGAUGUCUCCAAUUCCACCAGCCAUGAGAGUUCGCCUUUGAUACUUAAGUGUCUAUAAACUUGUGUCCAUGCGGAGAACUUCAGAGAGGAUAUCAAAGCGGUCUGAGCAAAUUGAAACCCACCCCAAUCCCAGACUUUGUACAUGUGCCCCCGUUUUUGUUCAUAAUCUCAAUACUCUGCACUUUACGUGCGCCCAC